GGCCAGCCCCCCAUAGCGGCACUUUGAGCGAGAGCCCCCCGCCCCAUCCUCAGAAAACGACUGCGGCGGUUGUCCGGGUCCUUGGCUGGAGCCAAGAGGAGCGAAGAUGGGCGGAAUAUCUGGAACGACCUGGAUCCCUAUGCCUACAAUCUAUGCGAAGCUGUUGCGCCUAUGAAAAAAACUGCAUCUAUGAAAAGCCGGAGCAUCCAUGAAAAGCUCGGGACAAAUGAAGCAGGAGAGCAAAAAGUGGAGGCACGCGUGACAGAUUUUGCAUGCGUUUUUCAUCAUCCCGUUUGCGCAUGGCAAACCUGGCAAGCCGCGUUUUUUAUCCGACAGUGGUCAUAAUGCAAUACAGACGUUUUCCGAAUGCAACUGCAAGACAAGCACUCAGUGCAAUACAGACUGAGCAUUAAGUGGUCAUAGUGCAAUACAGACUGAAUCGGAAUCCCCAGCAGCAUCGAGCUUGGGCGAUGAAGAGUAUGAAGGUGCAAAAUAAAAUGUAGCGCUGUGCCGGGUUUCAGAAUGUGCG